CUAAGAACUACAACUAGUAAACAACUAAAAAUAACUUCCUAAUGUUAAAUAAUUAUUUCUUAACUCUAACAAUUUUAACUGCUGUUUUGACUUUGGCCCCAGCACAAAUCAUUUCCCCCGGCAGCUGUCCCCAUAAUAUACAAGUUGUAGAAGAUUUUGAUGUUAACAAAUAUCUGGGUAAAUGGUAUGAAUAUGCCAAAUAUCCUGUACAUUUUGAGACAAAUGGUAAAUGUAUAUGGGCGGAAUAUUCUCUAGAUAAUCUGGGCAGUAUUAAGGUUAAAAAUGCCUUAAUAAAUGAAAACACUAACGUUUAUUCGGAUAUAAUUGGUUCGGCUACUUUAAUUUCGAAUGCUAAAUUAUUGGUCAAAUUCCCAGUUUCACCGGUAAUUACAGUUUCCAGCAAUUACUGGAUUUUGGCUACGGAUUAUGACAACUAUGCUGUAGUAUAUUCAUGUGUUCCCAAGUCAGAUAAUUCUCAUGGCACCAUUGUUUGGAUUUUGACACGCCAACCUAUACCGGAGCCAAAUAUUGUAGAAAAUGCUAUGGAUGUUUUGAAGAAGAACAACAUUUCAUUGCAGGAAUUGAAAAUCACCAAUCAAAUUUCUUGUCAUAAGGAAAAUGCUUAAAUAUACUUCAGUUUAAUAUCAGCUUCUUAAGUAAUUACCGGUUAUUUGAAAAAAAAAAUUAACAAUAAAGAAUUUUUUAAUUACCG